AUUUGUAAUAAGUCUUCUUUUAAUGCCAGGCUUCUGACUUUCUCUGGAAUUGGUUUGAAAGGUGAGACCUUGUUUUCUUUCAUCCAUGGAGUUCCCAUUUUUUCAUGGAAAGAUAACAAGAAGAACCUGUGAAGAACUGCUGAGCAAGAAUGGAAAGAAUGGUAGCUAUUUAAUACGAGACAGUGAAAGUGUGGAAGGAGCCUUGUGUCUCUGUGUUUUCUUUGAAAAAUUCAUCUACACUUACCGUAUCUUCAGGGAACGCCAAGGAUAUUUCAGAAUACAGACUUCUGAAGGUGUUCCAGAGAGGAUCUUCAGGACAUUAAAGGACCUAAUAUACACUUAUGAAAAGCCAAAUCAAGAACUAAUAACAAACCUUCGCUACCCAGUGAAGAAACCAAAGGCCUUGCAAAGAAGCCAGCGCUUCAAGUCAGGAAAGGAUGACAUUUAUGAUGAAAUUGAUGACAGUGAUUACGUCGCUGUCUUACCCUGA